CUGCGUCUGCCGGCAGCGCGUUGUUGGGGCCUCCGGGAGGAGCAGCGGCAGCUGGUGAGGAGGAGGAGGAGGCGGCGGAGGAGGAGGGGGCGGCGGCGAGAGAGCGGGUGCGUGCGGGAUGGAGGAGAAGGUGUUCACCAAGGAGCUCGACCAGUGGGUGGAGCAGCUCAACGAGUGCAAGCAGCUGUCCGAGGGGCAGGUGAAGAGCCUCUGCGAGAAGGCUAAAGAAAUUCUGACAAAAGAAUCCAACGUACAAGAAGUGCGAUGUCCUGUCACAGUGUGUGGAGAUGUGCACGGGCAGUUUCACGACCUCAUGGAACUCUUCAGAAUUGGAGGCAAAUCACCAGACACAAAUUAUUUGUUUAUGGGGGACUAUGUUGACAGAGGCUAUUACUCAGUUGAAACAGUCACGUUGCUUGUAGCUCUUAAGGUCCGUUACCGUGAACGUAUCACAAUUCUUCGAGGGAACCAUGAAAGCAGGCAGAUCACACAAGUAUAUGGUUUCUAUGACGAAUGUUUAAGAAAAUAUGGGAAUGCAAAUGUUUGGAAGUACUUUACAGACCUUUUUGAUUACCUUCCUCUAACUGCCUUGGUGGAUGGCCAGAUUUUCUGUCUACAUGGUGGCCUCUCUCCAUCAAUAGAUACGCUGGAUCACAUCAGAGCACUGGAUCGCUUGCAGGAAGUUCCCCAUGAGGGUCCAAUGUGUGACUUGCUAUGGUCAGAUCCAGAUGAUCGUGGUGGCUGGGGAAUUUCUCCUCGAGGUGCAGGUUAUACAUUUGGACAGGAUAUUUCAGAAACCUUUAACCAUGCUAAUGGCCUUACAUUGGUUUCAAGAGCUCAUCAGUUGGUAAUGGAGGGGUACAACUGGUGCCAUGAUCGGAAUGUAGUAACAAUUUUCAGUGCUCCAAACUAUUGCUACCGUUGUGGCAACCAGGCUGCAAUUAUGGAACUUGAUGAUACUUUAAAAUACUCCUUUUUGCAGUUCGACCCAGCGCCGCGCAGAGGUGAGCCGCACGUUACUCGUCGCACCCCGGACUACUUCCUGUAAAGAGAGUACAGAGCUGUACAGUAUUGCCAUGAACCAUAUGUCGACCUAAAGAAAACGGGAAGAGCAACAGUAACUCCAAAGUGUCAGAAAAUAUGUAACAUUCAAACUUGUUUUCACAUGGACCAAAAGACGUGCCAUAUUCAAAUACAAAGCCUCUUGUCGUCAACAACUGUGACCACUUUAGAAUGAACCAGUCCAUUGCAUGCUGAAGCAACAUUGUUGGUCGAGAAACCAGUUUCUGGCAUAGCGCUAUUUGUAGUUACUUUUGCUUUCUCUGAGAGACUGCAAAUAAUAAGAUGUAGACAUUAACACCUCGUGAAUACAUUUAACUUUCCAUUUAGCUAUAGCUUUAUUCAGCAUGACUGUAGAUAAGGAUAGCAGCAAACAAUCAUUGAAGCUUAAAGAACAUUUUUAAAAUAAGUACCAAGGCUUCAUAUUUGUUCUGAAACUGUUUGUUUUAUUUUCAGGGAAUACUGUUUAAUUUAAUUGUAUUGAUUUUUUUUUUUUGUCUGCACUCAGUUCCCUUUUCCACUCUCUGCCCAACCAUUUUGUCCCUUGUAAUGUCUGAGCAUAGUGAGUUACUUUGAACAGAACUGUUUUUUUCUGUAAAACAAUGUUACUGCAGGACAGAGCUGCAGUGUUUUUCAUAAUAAACUUGUGAACUAAG